CCGCCGGUGUUUUGGCCAUUUGCGCGCCAUUUUUUGCACGGCCAUUUGAGGUGCGUUGAGGUGGCCAAGGCUAGCGCCAUAAAUCACAUGGCAUAAUUGUGCAUGUUGAACCAACAGUUUGGCUCACAGCUUGGCCAGCUAGUUAGCCAGAGACAGACGGACAACAAGUGGAAGCCUUUGAUAUUGGCGCUAUAAGCCAAACGCAGGCCUAAAACAGAUCAACAAAAAAUAAACAAAAGCUGCUUAAAGCUAAUGCGUCGAUUGUGCAUGGAUUAGAGAGACCACCCAGAGCCGGCAAUAGGAUUUAUUUAUAUAUAUAAAUAUCCAUAUAUAUUUAGCGGAGCAAAUUGAUUUCCAAACUAAAUUGCGUUGCUAUGAAGGCAACGGUCAACAGCAGCAGCAGCAGCGCCGCCAGCAGCAUCAACCACUUGGAGCCACUGGCGGCCCCCAGCAGCAGCACCAACAGCAACAGCAACAGCAACAGCAGCAACAGCUGCAAGCCGCGGCAGCCCAAAGUCUCGUUCGCACCGCUGGACAUUCCGGCUCCAUCGGCCGCUACGUGAUACGCGAACAUGCCGCACCACAACAUCGUUUGCGAGUGGCUGCGCACUAUCGGGCUGCCGCAGUACGGCGAGAGCUUCCUCGAGAACGGCUACGACGAGCUGGAGAUCUGCAAGCAGAUUGGCGAGAUCGAUCUGGAUGCCAUCGGCGUGGACAACUCCUCGCAUCGCGGCAAGCUGCUCAAGAGCGUGCGGGCGCUGCGCGAGAAGGGCGCUGCGAUUGUCUAUGUGCUGAUCAACGAUCCGAAGGCGCUCAGCAACAGCAACGAGAUACUGGCCUCCGACUGCGACACGCCCAUUACCAUGAAGGAGCUCGAGGGCGUGAUGAAGCGCCACCUGGAGGCCGAUGGCAUACGCCUCACAGCCCAUCCCUACUCCUCGCCGGAGGGCAAACGCGGCUACUUGGAGGGUCUCGCUGCGCAUUAUAGCAAGCAGAUCAAUAUGCCCUACGAGGACGUACUGGAUGCCAUCGAGCAGGUGCGCGUGUCCAAGUGGAAGGAGCGCCAUGUGCGCAUCUCGACAGGACAUACGCUGACGCGACGCAGCGCUGGCGCCGGCAGCGGCAGUGGCAGCGGGGGCAGUGGCAGCGGCGGCAGUGGCAGCGGCAGCGCUACAGGCGGACUCGUGGGCUCCUCGGUGCUGCCCACCAGCCACAGUCAGCCGCUUUAUGUGCCCGGAAAGUAUUUGCCAUCGAGCUGCCUGUCGAAUCGCGAGGAGAACGAGAUCUACAGCUAUACCCAGAACGAUUUGGCCAAUCGGAUGGCCCGCAACGCCAUCGACUCCAAGUCGGCGCUCAAUUUGAAUGGCAUGCAGCACAGCUAUCCCGGGGCGCGCACCAACUUCUUUUACGACUUUUCGGCAACAGAGGGGCGCAACAAGAACAAACAGCGACGUACGGUAUUCGCCCGCUUCCUGCAGGGCCUGCGGCAGAGCGGAGACGAGCUCAAUGCCAACGAGGGCAUGCAACUGAAGACGAACGAGCGCUUGAAAAGCUGCGGUACCAUGAAGCGACCCGAACCGCCGCAGGACUUUGAGAAGACCAUACAGCGUCUGAAGACGCAGAAGGCGGCGCAGAAGAAACCAGCCAGCGCUCCCCUGGACAUGGCCCUGCACGAGCGCAACAAGGAGGUGGCCCACAGCCUGGCCACGGAGAUGCCAUUGAACAAUUACACGAAGCAUCCCUAGGACACGGUCAUCAGCAUCGAUGCUGCAUAAGAUUUACAUAUUUAAGAGCCGUGCACUCAUACAGGAGGAGGAGCAGGAUAAUACGAGUUGGGCCCGGGUGAUACACACGUUAAGCGAGCAAUACGAAUUUAUAAUAAGCUUAGUCUAGUUGAUAGUUCAGUGUAAAGGUGAUAUUGAACAGUAUAAGAGCUAGUUGUAUAACAGUUGAUAGACAGUUCGCAGCGAACUGCAAAUAGACAGUUGAAGCCAUUACAAUAAUUGCAAAAGCAAUCCAAUAGAUUAUUCAAAUCCAAAUCGAGACCCAAAGCCAGUUGAACUGAAUUUCAAGUUUUUUGUUUAACAUAUGCAUCGCAAGGACUUAAUUACAUUUAUUUUUGGGCGCACACAGAGAUACACACACACACACUCACACACAUACAGUUAGCUAAAAGCUGAAAGCUAAAAGCAUUCACAAAUCAAUCAAAAGUUCUUCUAACAUGCCAGAGCAUAUGCCAUACUUGAUAUUCCACGAGCUGCAUUCAGGCACUGAAAUAACUAGCGGCAAACGCAUUCGAAAACUUGGCAAGGAAUGUUGACAAAACGCGAAAUUCCAACAAGAUUAACGCUGAAUCAACACGAC